UGGUUUUAUUUCUACCAUACAAAAAUAUAAUUCUAUAGGCCCUAGGCCUAGCUGAAGGCCUAACGUUAGGCAUUAGGCCUUCUGGUAAUUAGCUGGAGGCUUACUUUUGGCAGUAGACAUGACAGAUGUGUUCAGCACAAUUUUGAAUCACGCACUAAUUUAUUACAUGUGUAUAGUCCGUCUUUAGUUGAUGUGCAUUUGAAUGUAAAAUGCAUUCAUAGGAUAAUCAACUCAGGAGGGAGCAGUCGUUGGUCGUCAGGUAGUCACAGUGAUACCAUAAGGCCUACAUAAAUUUGAGCAAGAUUCAAGAUUGCACUUAACAGAUAUAUUUCACUGGUUCACAGUCCUGAUUGGAUUGUGUACCAGCACAGUAACUGAAAUGCCCAGAUGAGUGUUUUCAUACUUACAUGUAGUACUACAACUACAUACUUUGACUAGUCCAAUGCAUACCUUAGCAUUGUGAAUUCAGAUUCCACGAGGCGGAACUUGGACCUUACAUACUGCAGUUUUAAACUUUCCCCCUUAAGAAAUCUUCCAGAGCUACAAGUCAUUAAAAGAAAUAUCCUGCAAUGCAUUGUAAGACUCAAUUUGAAAAAAUAAAGGGAUUACGUUUAGACUUUUUGAGGUGGUAAAAAAUUUAAAAUGCCCACAAUGGUCAGGCACAGAAGUCAAGUCUCUAAGUUGGCAGUACCACACUGCAAUCCCUAGACUACAUGCACAUGCUCCUUCAGUUUCUGCCUGUUCGGACAUGUUAGAGGGGGAAUUGUAUUAUAAUUAUUGCAUCUGCUCCAUGGCAGUAUUUGAAGAAAAAAAAAUAAGGAUUAACCGAAUUCCAUCAAAUAUACACUUCAUUUACUUUUACCCUGGUAUACCUGCCAAUCAGCCACUGAUAACAGUAGUAAAAUUUUUGUGCAAAGUUAUCAUGUUCAGUAUAAAAUUACAUGAACCACACGGACAUACUGUAUAUGUAUGUAGGGCCUUUGUAGGCUACAUGAAUCUCAAGAACACCAACACAGCAGACCCAGAGACCCCAUUAAUAGUUGGCUUUACCUUGGAGCUAGACAUGGUCUGUUUUAUUGCCAAAUAUCAGGAAUGGAACAUUUAUGACAUCAGGCAUUCAUUGUUACCAGGGAAAGUCACAAUUUCCUAUCAUUAGCUUUCUUCUUUAUUAUCAUACUUAAGUAACUCUUACGUGAUUGAAAAUGGAAAAUUGAAUCAAUCACAGUGGUGAUACUUUGAACAUAAGCAGAAAUGUGCAUGCACCAACAAUGUACAUGUUCCUUGGCCUACAUGUAUGUCCCUUUACUUGACAAUUUCUUACCCAGUGUGCUCAACGCAGAACUUUACAGAUUCUGAAAAUAUAACCAAUCCCUCACCGCUGAACCUUGUCAUGUGGAACAUGAGCAGUAAAAGGUCAAGAAUCCCGUCUACGAAAGCUCACAGCAGAGCAGCCUCUCAUUGCUGUCCAUUCAUAUCAUAAAAAGAACAAAUGGUUUGAGCCAAACUCAAGCAUUCCUACGUCUCUACCAACUUCUAGUCCAAGAACUACUGGUUGCCUUAACACUAGUUCAGUUAAAACUUUCAAUUUGGUAACCAAGAAAUAGCCAAACAUGCCAUUAUUUCAAUAUGGUCCAAAACUCCAAAUUGUCUUUGAUCAUAUUUCCUUUCAUAGGCAAGUUUGUUAGGUGUAUAUGAGAACACGCCCUUAGAUAUAUGUCAUCAUACAUGUGGCUCCAUCCUGUGGCAUACUACAUGUGUACAUGAUGUUGAGAAGCAUUUUGGUAUUUGUUGAUGGCUUGAUACCAUGCUGCUAAGGAUACAGUAAUGGGUUUAUUGAUGAGUACAUCCCUGACUCUGCUCUUUCCAACCCUUUGCAUUUCCUCAUUGGUGGUGUUUGGCCAAAAAUGUGCUGGUCAACAAUACUUCCCAAUACUCUUUGGUCAUUGUGGUUUACCUGGUUGCUGUGUUAUUGUGUAGUCUCUCUUUCCAGCCUGUGUAUGUGAUUAGUCAUCAAGCUGGCUGUGGUCAGCACAGCAGUUAGUGGUCGCAGAAAACCAUGCUUUAAAAAAUGAUAAAAUCCUCGGCAUUUUGGUUGGUACAUUUACAUGUAACCCAUUACUGUAGAAAAUUUCUUCUAAAUUCUCAAUCUCUCAUGGUCUGACUCAAGAAGCCCCCAAGAUCUAGAUGCUAUCUCCCUUUAUGUUGAUUUCCUCCAUUCUUCCAUGUUGCCGGACUCAAGAAAGCAAGUCAGACACCUCACUGGAUAGGCAUGUCAGUCACUUCCACUGAAUCUAGUUUCACAUCUUCUCAACUUUCUGCACCUGUCACUACUUCCAACACACACCAGUUUGUGUAUGCGUACAUAUGUACAGUGCCGGGAAGGUUGCCAGUAGUGACCUGUUUGUAAAAAAGGAUUUUUAUUUGGCAUCGCUUAUAAUUGUCUUGUCUUGUGCAGGCUACAGUGGUCACUUCAGAGCGAGGCCUUCCAAACUCAAAGUUGUUUUCUUUUAAAGAUACAGCAUGAAAUGUGGUAUUGACAAAACGUUUAUUUGGAGGAUCCUUAGAUCUUCAGAACACAUAAAUUAGCCAUGAAUGACUUAUAUCGAAUUGGUCAGUCUUGAUCCUAAACAGAGUUUGGGGUACUGCUUUGAUUGUGCAAUUCCUUCUUACACAUGUAAACGUGACAGUCGGCACCUACAUGUAAGCCCUCCCUACUUCCAAGUCUUCAUAAUGUAAGGUUAUGAUGAUUGUCCAUAUCCCUGUCAAGAUGUAAAGCUAAGAUACUUUGUUGUGGUUAAGGUUAAGACUUGCAGUCCACGAUCCUGCCAAAAUUAAGUCCUCUGUACUCUUUAACUAUACAUGUACAUGUAGAUCUAACUAUUUAGCUAGGAUUCAAUCUGCCAUGAAUAAUGUGAAAUUGUCAACUAAUUCAUGUGCUGACUCAUUGCUUGGAUCCAGUGAAAGGAAAUCCUACUUAACUUUUGCCCCUUGUUUGGCCAAAUGACUCACUCUCCAAACAUAUCACCCCCAUAUUAUAGGGUUGGUUUGGGUGUACGUUUACAUCAUGUUGGAAAAUUGCCUCAACUUUCCUUUAAAACUCGAAUAAACUGCUUUUCUUUAGCUGUUGAAGAUUUCUCGCAACUGCAGAGAUUAAUGUUCAGAAAUCAAGUCUGUGUACGUUUAUCUGUACUAAUAAAGAGGCUGAUACCCAGGGAGUAACUUCAACUUUCUUACAGCAAGACUUGUGUCAUGAGUGAUGAGGAGAUAGUGUACGUCAUUGCCAAGUGGGAUUACACAGCUAAUCAACAGGAGGAACUUAACAUCAGGAAAAAUGAGCGUCUCACUCUCAUUGAUGACACCAAAUCUUGGUGGAAGGUCCGCAAAGCCUCGGGAGACUCGGGCUAUGUUCCCUCAAACUUUGUCAAAAAGGAAAAAAAGAGUUUUAUGAACAAACUGCGUGACAAGAUCGUACCAUCUCGGGACACGAAGCAACCAGGAAUGGGACCAUUGCCUCAUGCCACUGAACAUGGGCAACGUGAUCUUGCCGAAUCAGCAGAAUUUGACCAACUUUGUGUUCCCGCAAAAGUAUUAUACAACUAUGUCGCACGGCAACCAGAUGAAUUGUCACUUAGGAAAGGAGAGAAACUAACUGUCCUGGAAAAAUCGGGAGAUGGAUGGUGGAGAGGAGAGUGUAAUGGAGAAACAGGAUGGUUUCCUUCAAAUUAUGUCAACGAAGAAGGUGACAGCUUACCAGCCAGUCAAAAAUCCAGUGUGAGUUCCAAAGGAGAUGAAAACGUUUUGGGAGAGGAUUACAUACACACUGUCAUUGCACUCUAUAAAUUCCAGGGACGAAAUGAUGAAGAACUCAACUUUGAACAAGGGGAACGGUUGGAUAUACUACAGAGACCAGAAGAUGAUCCUGAAUGGUGGAAGGCAAGAAAUACUAAGGGAGAAAUUGGUCUUGUACCCAAAAACUAUGUGGAAGAGAUUACUGCAAAUGCCCAGCAUGUACCAGUCUCAAAUCCAGUCAUCUCAAAUGAUGUGGGCGUGGCACAGGCAGAAAAUGGGAACUCUUUGAAACACAAAAUCUGGUUCUGUGGGACUCUGAAAAGAGAUGAAAGUGAGAGAACUUUGAUGGAGCUCAAUUGUGAAGAUGGAACGUUCCUCAUACGGGAAAGUGAAACUACGCCUGGGGGCUACUCUGUGUCAGUUAAAGCUCCUGAUAAAAUCAAACAUUUCAAAGUCCAGAGGGUGGAUGAUCAAUACUGCAUUGGCUCCAAACGAUUUGAAAGCUUGGAUUAUUUGAUAGAGCACUACAAAAAGGCGCCAAUAUUCAGCUGUGGCAAGACAAACUUUAAGCUUUACCUCACCAAGCCGUAUCGGGAGGUUUGCAAUAACGGAGGAGCGCACUACCCACCAUAGCAGAAGAGGAGUCUAAGUGGACUUUGUGACAUCUUAGAUAUCUUGAGGUUUACUCAUGAAUACUCUGCUCAUAGCUCUAUCACUCAUUCCCACCCAUUCCUUCCAAGGUUGUCUUACAUAAUUCUUACAUGGGAUUAUUCGCUUGAAGUUUCUCCCCAUACAUGUACCACUUGCUUGAGUAGAAUUUCUUGUAUGGUAGAGUUGAAUUAGAUGUCAGCAAGAAGUUAGAAUGGUACUGAGGAACUCACUUGAGAAUAAAUGAGAGAAGAGCGUGCUAUUUGCACUAACUAGGUCAUGGAUCAUGUUAAACUUGAAACCUCGUGCUAGAAUACACCAUUUGCGCCUGCCAAGUCACAUGACCUAUAGUGGGUAUCAAACAUCAUCAAACCCCAAAGCAAAAUGCGGUUUACCAAAAGUGAAGCCAAUUUUGGAUAUAGUACCCAACACAUCUGCAGUCUGUGUAUUAUAGUGACUGUUGGCUUUGUUUUUGAUAAAUAAUACUUACGGCGCACUUUGCUUUGGGAGGACACUGUGUAUUGAUGUUUGACACCCACUGUAGGUCAUGUGACUCAGUGGGUGCAAUCGGUCUAGUAGACUGUAUAACCUGACUGAUACACGUACAUGUAUCAUAGCUGCCUGCCUAAUUUGCACUCUUUAAGGAAGUUUUCCACUAGCACAAGGAGGUACUGUUCAUGGGGGUCAUCUCUUACAAAGUGUUGCCAACAGGAACAAUGGGUGAGGAUGGUGCCCCCCCCCCACUGUCACUACACCUCACCCAUAGACAUGUAAUAAGACUACUUUUUCGCAAUUGAUACCAAAAUGUCCACCUUGGAGUUAAAUCAGCACCUUUAGGUUUCAUUCAUGAACCUUGGAAACAGAGGGACACAUGUACAUUGUACGUAGAUCAGUUUGUAGCUGGAAACCAAUGCAUUCACAUAUACUUUGGAGUGACUGUGCGAGUGCACCUGGUGAGAAUGUAUGAUUGCGUUAGCAGAUUACAUGUGUAGCCAGUGUGUGAAUUAUCACAAAGUAUUACAUGUGACCUGUUGAAUAUAGAAUUCAACCUGUAAGAAUGGUGUUUAUGCUGCACACAAAAGCAGAUCCUAAAGGUUUCCUAACGCAGGUGGUUUCACCAUGCCCUUCGAUGUUACAAGUUUGCUCUGCUCAGUUAUUUUUGUGUGUGGAGCGGAAUUAAGCUUUACUCCGUGACUACAUGUGUCAUUUACUCCUGCUGUACGUGUACAUGUAUAUGAUGAUACAGUGUUAUGCAUGACUUUUCAGUGUUAAGUGUGUGCUUUAUAUCAACUUCAUGGACAUUCUAAUUUUGAGGAUUUAACAUAACAGGAAUGUACAUUUGAAUAUUAAUACCACCUACCACAGUCCAUGUACAUGUAUACAGGUACACUGUACAUGUAUACAUCAAAGGGAAAUUUUUAGCAUUUGUGUAACAUCGUUUUUCCUUUGAAAGGAGAAUAAUAUAGGAAAAAUUGUUGGUCGACACUCGACACUACAGCUGCAGUGAUUACUAGAGCAAACAAGCUUUUGUAAAAAAUUUUAGUUGCAUUGUGCAUAUGGUGUACACGGUACAGUACAUGCUGUUAACCAUGUUUCAUGUAAAGUCAUUAACUUUACACAUAACAUGUAUUGUACAUGUACUUUCAGUAUAUUAAGAAAGUAAACCACAAUACUCUUGUUAUUUUUAGUGAAACAGAGCAUCCCUCACAUAUACAUGUAUGUCUAAAUGUACAUAUCAGAAUGAUUUUUUCCUACAAAGUUGUGUUCCUACACCGCAUUACCCUAACAUCUUUGGAUUGAUAAUGAUUUUGUAAUAACGUUUUCAAUUUUUUCAUUUUCAUCAGUUUUCAUUCCAGCUAAUGGAAAUACCAGUAAUGUGAUAUUGAAAUUAUUUAGACUGAACACAAUUAAAGAAAUGAACUGACUGCUAAUAAUCUGAAGGUUUUCUCAACUACAUGUGCUAAUACAUGUACAUGUAUCUGUGUGAAAAUUGAGAACAACUCCAGUUUUUCAGACAAGGUUUUUUUUUGCACUUAAAUACUUUUAUUUGGUCUGGGGAAUAUUGACAAAACUUCCGCAUGACUCUUCUGACUUUUUAAAAAAUAAUUUUAUAUUCAUUUACGUAUUUUUUUGUAGCAUUUUGUACUUAUUCACUGCCUAAAAUGUUCCACCCUACAUUCUCCAUGGAUCCUUUUUCCUGUCUUUCCUCUCUGUAAGUACUUUACAGUUAGAGAAUUGUUACUUUCUUCGAUAGUUCUAAACUUUCAAACAUAGUCUAGAGCUGUACCAUAACCAACAAUUAAAAAUGGUUCUUAAAAGUGCCUCUAGAAUUAGUUGGGCCCUGGUUACAGUACUGGACAAUGAAGUUCAUGUACGUGUAUAUUUUCAACAUGGAGGGGUUACUUUAUUUCACUUGUUCCUGGAAACAGUCACCGUCUGUUACUUGUGCACUUUCACUAUCUCUAUGGACAAAGUGCGAGUGAUACAAGACUCUGUAUUCUUCUUGUAUUUUAUCAGCUAUUUGUGUACUUUGUACUGCAGUGCGCAUGUACAUGUAGAGUAAAAUACUAAUUACCCAGAUUCAGUCCUGAUAGUUUUCAAAACAGUGAAUAGAUAUCAUUCUCAUGAGCAGUAAAGGUUUUACAGAUAUACAGAGAAGUUUUGUUACAGUGGAUACAAGAUAUAUGUACGUGUACAGUGAUGUGGUGUAGACUGUUAACUGUGACCUGGAAGUCCCUGGUCAGGUCAUGUUUUCACAAAGAAAAUGUACAAUGUAAACGUACAUGCAUUAAACCUAAAUAACAUAUUGAAAGUGACUCCCUGCAUAUUUUAGUAAUCAUGCUUUAUACACGUACAUAUACUGUACAUGUAAUUAUGCGUAUGAAAAGUGUAAAAGACAACUGUAUUUUUUCCAGGUAUCAAUGGAUGAGGGAGACUCAGUCUGUACCUUAACCCCCAUAAAAAAAGGAGUAAAUAGGCCAGUUUAAACUUCCUGCCCUUUUUUUUAUUAAUAAAGAAUUAAGACCAAGAUAGAUUAAUUAUAUUUAGAGUACACUUCAGUUAUUUAUACAGUCAGACAAUUUAUAAUGAUUGUUAAAACAGAAGUGUUCCUAAAACAUGCUUGUGAUCAGCUGACAUUCAAUCUGAUUUUUGUCAACUUGUCAACGAAGACAGCUUGAAGCAUGUUUUCUUCUGUCCAGUUUCAUGUCCUAUACUUGUGUACCCAUUUUCUUGUCUAAAUUUGUGCAUGAUUUGGUGUUGAUACAGAUGUACCAUGUCACCAAUAUCUCCCUGUUGUGCACCAAGGUAUCAUGUAAUUCUAAUUGAAAGUACAUGUACAUUGUACAUGGAAAUGAUAAACCACUUGUAUAGCGAGUUUACAUGUACAUAAUGGCAUAAGGAUUUCUUGAUGCAGAAAUAAUUGUGUGAUUUAUACAUUGAACUUCUGUUUCUUGGAAACAAGUAUGAUUUUUUUCCUUUCAUUUUAAACACUUAUUUGGUGUUCUAAACGUAGUAUUUUAUUUGAAAAGGUCUUGUGAAUGGAAAUUGUUAUUAUAUCCAAGUAGAUGCGAUGCAUGAGAAGCCAGGUUUGUUUAUUGUAUUUGAUACAUGUAUCUCUCAUUGAUGAUUAUCAUCAAAGCACAACGUUUAAUGCACUUGCCAAAGCAAAUUCAGGCUAAUUAGUUUGCACAGGUGCAUGGUGUGACUAGCUCUGAAUUUGAAGUUUUUGCUCUAGCUCCUUAUCUAGUUUGAUGAAUGGCUUCACAGAAAGUCCCUUUUGAUUUCAAAGGCUUCACCUGGGUUUUUUCUUACGGAUUUCUGCUUCCUGUGUACACGCACAUUAAUUGAACAUUUCUUUGUUGACGUCUUUGCAUAUAUUGUGUGCUUCUGGGUUGUGAGCUACAGUGCUGUGGGUAUUAUAUGAAUAUUUGCGUUCAGCAUCAUGCAUAUCAAAUUGGCCACAAAUAUGUUAAAUUUGUAAAAUUGAAACAUGUUAUAAAAUAUCAACAUGUAUAUCAAAGUGAGCUGGUUGGUGUAGUCUUUGGUUACUUCCCAUGAUCCCCUGAGAAUCUUAGAAUUUAUCUUUGAAUCUGCCAUGUCUACUGAUAAGACUCUAUUCAAGUCAUUUCUUAAUGGGUAUUGCUCUACCUAAACCGAACGUAGCCUCCAUGACCUAAACUGUACACCACCCUUAUCAUGUGGAGUAGCUGUGUGGGUACCACAGCGUUUGCAUGACAUGGGUUUAUCAUGCCCAAAUAGGAUAGAUUUCGUAAUAAUACAUGUAGCUGCAUAUGUGUGACGUAAAGCAAACCAAAUAUAACAUGGUUCUCCUAUCAGUUUGUCAGCAUAUAAAGUUCAACUGAGUGAUGGAUUUUGGUCAUUUUUCUGAUUACCUAGGCAAUCUGUUUUCAGAAUCAUCCAAGUCGACCAUUAUUAUUUUCAACAUCAAAUACCAAAAUUUAAGUCCAUCCAUCUGUUCUCAAACCAUGUUAUAUUAAUUUUGUAUGACAUUGUACAUCACGUAAUGUAAUUAAACUGUAAUCUUCUUACUCAAAAUUUGAUAUUGAUGUGAAAAUACUGGAUAUAUAGACUACACUAGCAAGCAUUAAAGUAACAUGUUCCGUAUGCCCUGCGUUGUUUGUAUGGAAUAAAUUACACUUAAAAUGA